CCUAGCUAAAGGCCUUGCACAUACUGCGUUGUUUUAAUUUUGAUUCAAAUUAUCAUCUUCCUCGCCCGUGUUCUCUUUUUCAUCAAACUUGGAUUUGACAGGGUAGGUUCAGAUCAGCUAUUGCCAGAGGUUUCAUUUUCUCUCAAAUACUACAACUGGACUGUCCUAUAAACUAGAAGCCGCCUCCCCCGACAUUCUUAGGUUAAAAAGAAAGACUGAAAAUGGCAGAAACUGUUCUCUCUUUUGUGCUGGAUCAACUCUCAACUUUUCUGCACGAGGAGGGACGACUAUUGGGAGGGCUUCGGCAAGAGGUCCAAUUCAUCAUGGAUGAGUUGGAGCAAAUGAGAGCUUUCCUGCGAGAGGCAGAAGCAAGAGAAGAAGAUGCUCAACCCACGCUCCAACAAUGGAUCAAGCAAGUGCGAGAUGCUGCUUAUGACACUGAGGACAUUCUUGAUGAAUUUGUAGCUCGCUUUGCUCGGCAUCGCGCAACAGGAUUCUACGGCUCUGUUCGGAGAAUUUUCAGCUCCAUCAAGAAUUUGAGAGCUCGUCAUCGAGUUGCUAGCGAAAUACAAAGCAUCAAGUCCAGAAUCAAAAGUAUUUCUGAAGGUCAUCAAAGAUACCAAUCCGAAUAUGGUAUCUCUGCCCAAGCGUCCAGCUCACUUUCUGCUGUGAACAACACAACAUGGCGCUAUAGCAGAGAUGACGCACUGCUUGUGGAAGAAGCUAAAUUAGUUGGCAUUGACCAGCCCAAGAAACGUCUUAUUCCUGAGCUCCUCCGAGGGGAUGAUUACCAACUAAAGGUUGUUUCAGUGGUUGGUAUGGGAGGACUUGGCAAAACUACCCUAGUGAAAAGAGUCCACGAGGAUCCUGAAGUCAGAAGGCAUUUCCCAGUUCGUGCUUGGGUAACUGUCUCUGAAACAUGUGACUUUCAGUACCUCCUGAAAGACUUGAUUCAGCAGUUACACAAGGAAGGGAAUAAACCAGUCCCACAAUCGAUAGAGUCUAUGACUACCACUGAGCUGAAAAAAAUUGUCAAAGAUUUUCUUCAACAAGCUGGAAGGUAUGCGAUUGUUUUUGAUGAUGUAUGGGACGUGGAAUUUUGGAAUACCAUCAAAUUUGCACUGCCCGAGAGUAGCCACGGCAACCGUGUCAUGCUGACAACUCGAAGAGCUGAUGUAGCCUCUGCCUCUUGCAUUGAAUCUCGGGGUCUUGUCUACAGAAUGGAGCCACUCUCUGUAAAGGAUUCGAGGACCCUGUUUUGCAACAAGAUCUUUAAUGGUGGUAAUUGCCCUGGCCAUUUGAUGGAUGUUUCCAAAGGUAUAUUGGACAAAUGUGAGGGCUUGCCCCUUGCAAUCCUUGCAAUCAGCGGGCUUUUGGCUUCAAAAGAUGUAAACAGAAUAGACGAAUGGGAGAUGGUUCGACGCAGCCUUGGGGGUGAAUUAGAAGGCACGGGUAAGCUGGACAGAGUUAAAAAGAUACUCUCUCUCAGUUAUAAUGAUUUGCCUGGGCAUUUAAAGACAUGUCUGUUGUACACAAGCAUCUUCCCAGAGGAUUAUGAAAUAGCAUGCAUUAGACUAAUUCAUUUGUGGAUUGCUGAAAGGUAUGUGGAACGGAGGGAAGGAAUGAGUUUUGCAAUUGUAGCUUGGAGUUAUCUCAUUGAACUCGUCAAUAGAAGCCUAAUUCAAGUGACUAAGGUGUUUUUUGAAGGAAUACCUCAAUAUUGUCGAAUCCAUGACCUAUUAAGAGAAGUUAUUCUUCUCAAGUCAAGGGAACAAAACAUGGUGACAGUUACUACUGGACAACCGAUGACGUGGCCGACUGAUAAGGUACGCCGUCUAGUAGUCCAUAGUGGUAGCAGUAACAACACCCAGCACCACCAACAAAGACGAAAUUAUUGCUUUGACCACCUUCGGUCGUUCGUUACAUUUGAAUCCAUAAGCCCGCUACUAUCCAAAAUGUUGUUAUCUGAAGUUUUAGGGAGUAGCAAGUUGUUAAAGGUUUUGGAUUUGAGAGGUCAAGAGACACAGGAGGAAAUACCAAAUGAGAUUUUCAAGAUGUUUCAUCUCAAGCAUCUGGACCUAUGGGGUACGAGAGUGGAGAGAGUCCCAAAAGCCAUUGGAAAGCUUCAACAUUUGGAGUAUCUGAAUUUGGCUGACACAAGAGUUAGGGAAUUACCCAUGGAAAUCCUAAAGCUGCAAAAACUUCGGUUUCUCGAAGUAUUUCAACCAGUUGUUCCUUCCGAUGAUGAUUAUGGAUAUCAUGGAUUUAAAGCUCCCUCGAAUAUGGGAGGGCUUCUUGCCCUAGAAGUAUUAAGCUGCAUGGAUGCAAGUAGUGGAUCCACAAUAGUUAAGGAGAUAGGAAAGCUGACCCAAUUAAGAGAACUACGUAUUACAAAGUUAAGAAGAGAAGAUGGAAAGGAGCUCUGCUCCUCCCUUGCCAACCUAACCAGUCUUCGGCAAUUAAGCGUUGCUUCAAUUGGAAAAGGUGAUGAUUAUGAGAUAAUCGAUUUAAAUCAUCAUCAUCCUUCUUCUUUUCUUCAAUCUCUUGGUAUGCUGAUUUUGCGUGGCCGCUUAGAAAAGAUGCCACAAUGGGUAGCUCAUCUUCACGGCUUGCUAAGAAUAGAUUUGAAUUGGAGCAGGUUAAGGGGCGAGGAGGAUCCGCUUGAAUCGCUCCAACAUUUGCCCAAUUUGAGUAAAAUUAAUUUCUGUGGAUCUUACCAGGGAGAAGGGUUGUGCUUCAAGGCUGGAGGGUUUCUAAAGUUGAAGUGGAUGCACUUAAAGAGAAUGGAAGGGCUGAGAGGGAUGAGAGUGGAGGAGGGUGCAUUGCCUCGUCUACAAAUACUAUUUCUGCGGCUACUUCCAUUACUAGAGGAGCUGCCAUUGGGUAUUCAGCACUUGAGCCAUCUUCAACGGCUGUCUCUGUAUGAGAUGAGUUCUCAAUUGAGAGAGAAGCUGUUAGAGAAUCAGAAGGAAGAAAGUGAAGAUUACACAAGAAUCGCACAUAUUCCUGAAAUUCUCAUUGGUUACUAUACAGAUGAUGGGGAAUGGAGAGAGCACCGGCUAUGGGAAGAGAAGAAGAAGAAAACAUAUAAUCUUUCCUAGCAGCAACAGCAGCAGCCACUGUGGCUUCCCUUGUGGACAGCACUGCUUCCUCUUCUUUUGUUUUUAUUUUUUAUUAGUAAUUUUUUUCCCCUUCGACAUCCGUGUGAGAAGUUCAUCAUCUUCUGUGUCUUACCUUCUUAUUUAUUGUAUGUAUUGUGUAUAAUGCUUGAUGUUGUUAA